AUGCAUAGUGAUUUGGUACUGGGCAGUGUCUUCCUUAUUCAGAUGGCAGUUGGGGUUCUUGGCAAUUUUUUCCUUCUGAGUCUUUUCACCUUCACUUUCCUUAUUGGUCACAAGCUGAGGACCAUAGAGUGCCUUUUUGCCCACUUAGCCUUGGCCAACUCAAAAGUGCUUCUCUCCAAGGGAAUCCCUCUAAUGAUUGUCUGUUUGGGUGUCAAAAAUUUCUUGGGUCCUUUGGAAUGUAAACUAAUUGUUUAUCUUUAUAAUAUAGCCCGGAGCGUUUCCCUCAACAUCACCUGCCUUUUAAGUGGUUUUCAGUUAAUCACUAUCAGUCCCAGUAACUCCAAGUGGGCAGAACUCAAAACUCAAGCCCCAAAGUAUAUUGUCCCUUCUUGCUUCUGCUGCUGGUGCUUCUCCCUGCUGGUAAAUUUUACUUUGCUUGGAACUAUGCAUAAAGCAAGAUAUAUGACUAAUGACACAAGGACGUGGUAUCUGGGAUACUGUUCAAUAUUCUCUCCUAUCUCUUUUAAUGUCUCACUUUUUGCAAUUGUCUUUUCUAUUCCUGAUAUUAUAUGUGUGGGAUUCAUGAUCUGGGCUAAUGCCUUUUUAGUGCUUCUCCUACACAGACACCAUCAGCAAGUCCAACAUAUUCAUAGUUCACAUCUCUCUCCCAGAACUUUCCCUGAGAAAAGAGCCACUCGUGGUAUUCUCCUACUAGUGAGCAUAUAUGCCUCCUUUUAUUCUAUUAAUUCUGGUUUGUCAUUUUAUCUCUUUAAAAGUGACAAAUCUAAUCAAUGGAUCCUGGCCAUUUCAGACCUCAUGGCAGCAUGGUUCCCAGCCAUUAGCCCUUUUGUGCUGAUCUUCUGUGACUCCCAAAUCCUCAAAUAUUGGGAUGCUUUGUGGCAUAGAACACUUUUCUAUCUCCUUUGCCACAUUAAAUCCAUUUAUACCCCCUCCCAGAGUUCUGCCCUAUCAGAUUUCAGAAGCUGGUAG